GUUCAGACGGGCGUGACGGCGUCCGGUCGGCCCCACCUGGAAUGCCUGAGCGUGGGCUACACGCACCACUGGCAGCGGCAGCUCUACUUCAGCUGGCUCACACUCUACAUCCUGGUCGUGCCAGGCCUGCUCAUCUCCGCCUUUUAUCUGAGCCUGCUGAGGGCCGUGUGGGCGGCAUCCGACGCCAUCGCGGUGACGCCGGCUAAGGACAGUGGCCACGGGGCGACGACGCUGCGGCGCUGUACUCGGGCAGAGUCUGUGCUGUCGCGUGCGCGAGCCAAGACGCUCAAACUGACGAUCUGCAUCAUCGCCAGCUUCGUGGUCUGCUGGAUCCCGUACUUCGCCGUCCACAAUGUCCGCAUUCACAGUCACUACUGCAUCAAGGUCCCCCGGGCGGUUAUCGUGUUCGCCGAGACGCUGGCCCUGCUCAACAGCGCCGUCAACCCGGUCUUCUACGGCCUCUUCAACGCCCACAUUCGUCGCGGACUGCGGGACAUCAUUCGAGCGUGCAGAAGACGCAGCGACCUUGCGCCUGAGCGCGAGUUCACGAUGCGCAAGGGAGGCAAUGCCUUUACCACGUCAACGUAUGCUCUCGAAGCGUCCUCGGGCGACUGCUCUCCCGGACAACCCUUGAAGACUAUAGGCUCUAUUGGUGCGGGAAAGUCGAUCACCAACGGCGACAUUGCUGUGGUCUGAAAGUAUAGCUCACAAGGACGCCAUUGGGAUGGUGCCUUAUCAACCGGUAUCGUCAUAAUCACGUGCACUGCUGUCGGGAUGAAUUUCAAGACGUGU